UCUUCUGCUUCCCCUCACCUGAACUUCUCACUCACCACGCGCCUGCCCAGCAUUACACUCACUUGCUUCUUCAUCACCAGCCUUAAAGAGAAGUCGAAAAGAGGAAGUCCCGAAGUUAGAAAGGAAGUCGGGAAGUCUCGCAGUGAAGGGAAAGGUGCUGUAGCCCUGCUUGAAGAUAAAUCAUCAAGAGAAGUGGAAGAAAAGGUUAGCGAAGUUCUCAAGAAGAAAAUCUCAAGACGUCAGUAAAAUAAAGACUACCAUCACGUCUAAAAAAAAACCCUGAAAGCAACAUAGUACAGUCAGGUUAACCAGCACAUUCAAGGCUUUCAGUGUGAGGAUGCAGCCCCGUAAUGUGGUGCCUCUGUGGGUCCUGGCCAGUCUGCUCAUGUGGAUGGAAGCAGACGCCGAGUCAGUGAGGACCGAUUGCAAUAGAACCAUUCUCAGCAUCACCAUUUUUUGCAAGAUUGAGGUGCAUCAUAUGGGGUCACUGCCUAACCGCUAUUCCACGGAGGCUGACAGGGAGCAGCUCAAGAGACAGAUCUGCCCAUGCAAGGAUUUCGAAGUGCACGGCGCCUGCCCGACCUUCAUUCGCAACCUUGCCAAGCGGUACUCCCCGGACAUCAUGUGCAUUGGCCACAGGAACAGGAAACCACAGCCCGAGAUUGUAGUGUCUAAUAGGACAGAUGUGAAGGAGGAAGGCACUGCUUUGUAACUCAAUGGAGGGAAGGAGGGAGGGAGUAGAAAGGAUUAAGGGUUCUCCUAUGGAUUUGGCUAUGUGUUGAUGAUGUACGACUACUGAUACUGAUGCUGAUAUAAUUUUUUGUUUCUCACCACGUGUGUGUGUGUGUGUGUGUGUGUGUGUGUGUGUGUGUGUGUGUGUGUGUGUGAUACUUGUAUAUUUAUAGUAUACAAGGCCUGCAUGACUCUCUUUUAGUCCUUUGCUAUAUUCAUAAUUUACCGAGUCUCUCUCUUCAUUCCGGGCACACUCUUUGCCGCCUCGUGUUCAUGGUGCGGUGCGGUGGGGACAAAAUAUUUCGCUUUCCAUGAACAAAGUAUUUGUGGUGCAGUUGGGCCUCUGAAAGGGAUGGCCAUGAAUUUAAGUGUGUUUUGUAUUUUCAUAAUCAGUUAAAUGUGGGGAAAUAUGUAAAGGAUUUGUAUGAAAUUCAGAGUUAUAUUUACGGUUGGGGGAAAAUGUGCAAUUCUCACGCGGUGGAUGAUUAGCAGAGCAGUAAAACGCUCUCUCUCUCUCUCUCUCUCUCUCUCUCUCUCUCUCUCUCUCUCUCUCUCUCUCUCUCUCUCUUCAUACAGGGAACGGGUGAUAUCAAUAAAUAAUAUGUUUGAUCCUGCAUUAGUUCCCUUCUUGAACUCCAAAAUUGUACUAAUGAAAAUAUGUUCAAGUGAAUGGAUGGAUGCAUUCAGGGUGCGGGGCGCGGGCCACGGGGCGCGGGGCGUGGGGUGCGGGUCAGCUUGGCGGUGAACUAUGACGGGUAUCCACGAGGCAAGAAUAUGAUCGUAAUAAAAAUUAUCGUAACAAAAUAUCCAAAUAUUAAAAACAAUAAUGAAAAAAGUUUACUAAGAUAUCUACAUGUCGAAAACAAAAAACAGAGAACUGCGAAAGAUCAAGUUCGAGGGGCAGGUAGUGCAGGCGGCACAGGGCGUCAUAGAACGCCUGCUGGUCUGCGUCACGCGCUGCCGCCCCAUCAUGAACACCUACAUAGGCCCAGAAACUGUGCGGUACUGCGUGGAGGCCACACGUGCCUUCACGGAGCUGUCCUCCAGCGUGCUGCACGAACUGCCGGCCCUCAACUACACCACGGAGAUGAUUAGGGACUUCCGCAAGCGUGGCGCGAGGAUGGUGAUCGACCUGCUGCAGGACCACUUUGUGGAGAGAGUGGUGAUGCACCAGGACCCCCUCGUGGGGGCCACGAUGCUGACGGCGGUGGUGUGUCUGCUAGAGCAGGAGGGCGUGGCGCGGGACGAGGCCGUAGGGCGCGUCCUGGACAGCAUCCUCCUCAUGCUGGGCCAGACAGAUUACUUGCCGGAAUAUCUAUUGAACUACUUAGAAGCUGAACAAACCUACAAUGAUGAGGUGACGGUCUACAACACUCUGCAUGGCGCCCUGCUGGGAGACCUUGAGGACGCCUCCCCCACCCCCCGCUGCUAG